CUGCGCUUUGAGGGGCUCUGCGGGUGCGAGAACCGCUACGGGGACAGUCCUGGUUUGCUUUUUCCUUCAGUGUACAGAUUUUAGAGGGAAUGAGUUGCGAUUUCAGUUCUGCUUUGGCACUGAGGCGAAAGAACGUUCGCAGUCGGCGGCUGUUCUGCUCAUCGCUUCCGCGUUUGCUGGAGCCGUUCCGCGCCGAGAGCGGCGCCCCCCGCCCCGCCGCUCAGAACGAGGCUCCGCGCGCCUCGCGUUGCCAUGGCGACGGGGCCCGUUGUGGGCGGGGCGGCGCGGCGCGGGGGCGGCGCGCGGCUGCCGAGGAGGGUUUGAACCGCCCAAUGGGAGAAGCGCGGGCGGCGGCGGCGCGGCGGCCCCGGAAGUGCUGCUGCGUCUCCUGCCCGUGGUGCGGCGCCCAUGGCAGCGGGUGGCACCGCCGCAUCGCCGCCGCCGCCGGCGAAGACCACCUGAGGCGGACCCGGCCGUGGAACGCGCUCGGCACCUCGCGGUUUCCCUCAUCCAUCGAAAAUGAAAUGACAUCAGUAUCUGCACAGAGCACAGUGUCAAGAGGAGCUAAAAGCCUUAAAAUAACUCAAAAGCACAAACAGAAAAUGAAGGGGAACACUGUGAACGUGCGCCGAGCAGUGCAGGUGAAAACAAAGGCCCCCUGGAUGCCCCCAGGAAAAACAUCAGUCCUUGAUUCCACCUACAAAUGGGAGGGUCCAACUCACCGCCUGGAAAUCACACCUCCAGAUUCCGAAAAAGUGAUGUCAGUGUUGCGCCUGAGUGAUCUCUCUACAGAUGAGGAAGAUGCAGUUUACUGCAAAAUGAAUGAAUACGAAAGGAAGAUAGAUAGCCUGAUGAAUGUGGUGGGAACACUGAAGAACGAGGCUAAGUUGCAGAAACAGGAGCAAAAGCAGCAAAUGACAAAACGUCUGCUUGAGGAGCAGAAAGAAGAACUGAAUGAGGUCACACAAGAGCUGGUAGAAACAGAGCAUGAGAACACGCUGCUCAGGCGCAAUAUUGAACGCAUGAGGGAAGAGAAAGAUCUGACUAUGCUACAGAAGAAGUACUUGCAGCAUGAGAAAGAAUGCCUGAUGACCAAGCUGAGUGAGGCAGAGAGGGAUGGAGCAGCAGCAGCCAGAGAGAUUCAUGCCCUGAAAAAUACAAUUGAGAGGCUCAAUGUUGAGAAACACAUGAGCAGCUCAGACAUUAACAUGCUGACGAGACAGAAAGAGCUGCUGCUACAGAAACUGAGCACCUUUGAAGAAACCAAUCGUACACUCCGGGAACUUCUCAGAGAGCAGCACGAAAGGGAGAGGGAUGCUCAGAAGAUAUUGCAGAAGCAAGGUGUGCUGUUGAAAAUGUUGGCUGACUCAGAUACGGAGAAGUUGCAACUUCAGAUGAGGCUUGAGGAGAAAGAAAAAGAGAUCAACAAUCUUGCUAUUCAGAUACAGGAAGAAAAGGAACAGGCAAAGACAGCAGGUGAGCUCUCAAAAUCUUUGGAAUCUGUGAGAGGCCAUUUACAAGCACAGCUACGACAUAAGGAAGCUGAGAACAACCGUCUGACCACGCAGAUCCGGAAUCUGGAGCACAGUGAAGCUCAGCAUAAGGCAGAGGUGGAAUGUAUCAAGGAACAGCUGAAAGAACUAAGACAGAAGGCAGACCGUGAUAAAGAAGCCCUGAAGAAAGCCCUCCGUGCACAGAAGGAGCGGGCAGAGCGGAGUGAGGAGUGUGCAGGGCAGCUGGCUGUACAGCUGGCAGAAAAGGACAGUUACGUUGCAGAGGCACUUUCUACUCUGGAGUCUUGGAGGAGUCGCUACAACAAAGUAGUGAAGGAUAAGAGCGACCUUGAAUUGGAGAUGGUUACAGUGAACAGCCGUAUUGCAGAUUUGCUAGAACAGCAGGCAGGCCUGGAGGACAGGAUGCGAGAGGACAGAGAUGCCUUGAUGGAUAAAUUGCACCAACAAACUACAGAGACCACUUCUUUCAGAAUGGAAAAUGAAAGACUAAAGGCUAGUGUGGUCCCAAUGGAGGAAAAGCUGAAUCAAGCACACAUGGAAGUACAGCAGCUCAAGAGCUCUGUCAGGAAUUAUGAAGAGUUGAUUGAAACCUACAAGUCACAGGUGUUGAAGACCCGCAUGGAAGCAGAUGAUGUAGCAGCAAAACUGGAGAAGUGUGAUAAAGAGAAGAAGGCACUUAAGGAUGAAAUGAACAAGGAGAUCGAACUGGCUCGCAAGCAGUUCCAGAGCCAGCUUGCUGAGUUGGAAAAGCUGCCUGAGAUCCUGAGGAUCACAGAGACACAGUUGGCAGAAUGUCAGGACCAGCUUCAGAGUUAUGAGAAGAAGAACAUGGACCUGUCUGUCAUGAUUGCAGAUCUUCGUCAGCGGAUUGAGCUCCAGGGGGACAAAAUGGAGAUGACAAGAGAGAGGUAUCAGUCUGCCCAGGAGGAGAAAAAGCAGCUCACCUUGAAGGUGGAGGAGCUAGAAAGAAAACUAGAAACAACGAGUGCCCAGAAUGUGGAGUUCCUUCAGGUCAUUGCAAAGCGUGAGGAGUCGAUCCAUCAGUGCCAGCUGAGGUUGGAAGAGAAGACCCGUGAGUGCAGCUCCCUGGCUCGUCAGCUGGAAAUGGCCAUUGAGGAUGCCAAACGACAAGUCGAACAAACUCGAGAACGAGCAACAUCCAGAGAGAGGGCAGCCCAGUCCAAGAUGCUGGAUUUGGAGACGCAGCUGAGUAGGACUAAGACAGAGCUGAACCAGCUGCGUCGGAACAAAGAUGAUGCAGAGCGCCGCUAUGAGAGCCGCCUGCAGGACUUAAAGGAUCGGCUGGAGCAGUCGGAGAGCACAAAUCGCAGCAUGCAGAACUACGUCCAGUUCCUCAAAUCUUCCUAUGCCAAUGUGUUUGGAGACAGUGCCUUGCUGGGCUCUCCCAGCCGCUCUCGUUCUUCUCCGUGAGGGCUGUGCUCUCUCUGCACCUCUGCUUUUAAGCACAAAAUGAGUCCUGUGUCAAAGCCAUACGUUGUUUAGAAAUGGGUUGAAAAUGGAGAAAUUUCAGGGACUUAAGGGAGAAGUGUUUUCUUUGCAGCAGGAGAUGAUGGAAUGAUGGUGGCAUAGAAUCUUAGCGUGCGGAGCAUUAGCAGUGCUGAUUUGGUGAUGGAGGUUGGCAUUACUCUGUAAGCUGUGCCCCAAAACAGGAUGGUUUUGCAUAUGGUGGAAAAGGCUCUCUUCAUCCUAUGCGCUCUGGAUGCUUUCAGCUCUUUAAACCCAGCAGUGCUUUUACUUGUGUUAAUGUUUCACACUUCAUUUUUUUUCUUUUUUUUUUUCCCCUGUUUUCUGUACUGGGGGAGAUCAUGUGCUGUUUCUGCUUUUGUUGUUGUUACAUGCUCUGGUGGCACAGUGGAUGAUGGGAUGGUGGGAGAGAAGUCCACCGACCUCUCAGGGAAGCGUGAAGCUGAAAAUAAGGGACAUGCCUGGGGCUUAAUGCUUACGAGAGAUUAUCUCCUGAACCACUGUGGUGUUUGU